AGCGCUGGUGAAGUAGACAUUUCCGAUGGCACUCUGCCUCCUGUGAACGAACCACCGAACGCGACAGCCAUACUCGACCAAAUGUUUGUGAAUUAUGACAAACGGCUCAGGCCGAUGUAUGGAGUGGAACCUGUGCAGCUUUACGUCUCCAUGGGUUUCCUAUCCAUUAGCCACAUUGUGGAAGAAAACAUGGUAGCUAGAUCUACAAUUUAUGUUUUUAACGUAGACUUGCAGAUACCGUAUGAGACCAAGCCGGGCUUAAUUGUGUCAACAAAUGAACUGGAAAUCCUGAACACAAAACUCAUGAAAGGCACAUUUUUUGGCGAAGAGAUUGAAACGUGACCGAGUGUUUCUAAACAUACUCGUCCGCACUCGCAAUCCAGAGGUCCAGGGUUCGAAUCCUACUUUCGAUUACUGCUAGCUGGUACGCCGGUUUGCCGUUCCAUUCGGGGUUUUUAAAUUGUUAAGUUCUAUUUGGGUUAACUUUCAAGAUGAGUGGAUAGCGUGCAAACUAGAUAAAGCAACUAAGUGUACUUCCACUAUAAAAUAUUUAUAAUUUACUCUGCUUUGAGUGGACUCCGCGGAUAGUUUGUAAUAUUUCCCUUUUAUCGGAGGCCACAGAACGUUUCGAUCUUGAUGGUUAGCUGUUUUGCAGAUUUGCCUCAUUACUUGUAACUCAGUCAUUCGUAUUCUGGGCUGUAAAGCCCUGGGCCGGGUUGUUCAAAGCUACAAAGGUAAAUAACCCAGGGCUAGAACGAAAUUGAAAUUCAGAAAUGAAUGUUAAAAAUUAAAGCAAAUUCUUUUUUCUACAACUUGCUGUAUAAGAUGCUCUAAAAAGGAAAGAGAAAAUUAUCUGAGAAAAUGCCUUUGAACCUCGGGUUAGCGCCAAUCGGCUUCGAGCAACUGGGCCUCAGGUUCAGAGUCACUAAAGUCGUUCCCACCCUCUCAACAGGAGUUUAAAGGCGACUUGUAUUUACGUCAGUUUUGGAAGGACCCGAGGCUGGCCUACGGAGACAAAAACUGGACUCUGAUUCUUCAAGGAGACAUCUUAAAGAAACUGUGGUUCCCGGACACAUACAUCGAAAAUUCCAAGAAAAUUACUGUCCAUGAUGAGACAAAGACAGUGGUAUUGUUUGGUGAUGGAAAUGUCUUCUACUCUGUUAGGUAAUGUAUAAGAAGGUCCUCUACUGUGGUAGCACACUUGUAGACCAUUCACUACCCCCAAAAGACACUCUAUUCAAGACACCAAAUAGUGGAGUUGUAUACACCCAUCACCGCCGUAGCCAGUAUGAGGCGAACCGAGGCACUCGCCUCGGUAAAAUUUUAUCAAAUACUGUCGAUUUUUAUUUUUUUUUUAUCAGACUGAUAAUAUUAGAAGAUUUCAUAAGGCUGAUUUCGUACAACGGACCGUGUGUUCGCCUCGGUUGUAGUUUCUUCCUGGCUACGGCCCUGCCCAUUCUGUUUAAGAUCGCUUCAAGACCCUCAAAACUAUACCCUGUUCAGCCGCACAUCCCGGUGUAGGCCUCAAAUAAGGGAGUAUUCCAUACCCGGAGUAGAUGGGAUAAGGGUCUACAAAAUGUUGAUCAUUUCAAAUGACGUUAGCACCUGAAAAAAACUACCUUAUCUGCUAGUUUUCCUGGCAUACGACAGAUAAUUUUCCACAAUAGGCGUUACGCCAAGAAGUCCCCAUUAAAUGGAGUUGUGUAUUUCUUUUUUUGAAGAGUGACUGUUGAUGCCAUGGGAUUUAUGGAUUUUAGAAACUAUCCGAUGGAUGUGCAGACAUUUUUCUUUAGAGCCCUCAGUUGUGAGUAACAUUUAACUUUUUUUUAGGCUAUUACUGAAGACGUAACAAAAUUCAGAACUGGGCGGAGAUUUUCGAAAUUUUCACAAAAACUUAUCACUGCCUGCCGUACAAAAACGUACUGCCAUACAGUUAUUUCGAGAAAGAUUGUCGGAAAAAAUGUGCACGCGACAGUCCCGAAAGGUAUUACUUGAUGAGAUAUGAUCAAUAAACUGCUUCUACUUUUGUUGCUUUCCUUUAGCACUCGCAAGCAUAUGUCCGUGACCUCCUGGUGUCAUUCUUUCAAAUUUCUUUAAAGAACAGUGCACUCAAAACCACCCACAAUACUUUUCGGGAUUGUCGCAAAUGCUAAGCGCCCUAAGUUAGCAUAAAUACCCGCCGUUACAUAACGUGUUUGCAAUGUAAUUUAAUUUUUAAUCUUUGUUAGGGCUAUCGUUGUUAAGUUAGAUUUUUUUCUUACUCAUUAGCACUAAGCACCUCACGUACAAAAUGUUUACAGACGCCAUAAGGAAGUUCCAGGAGAAUGAUAGGAGGAAAUGAAUUUUAUUAUCAGAUUUUGCGAUUUCUUUUUCUAAGACAAAUGGAAGACGCAGAAAGGGCCCCCUAACCGCUGCUAACCCCCUGCACAUAUUCAUGGAUUACGGAAGAAGGUUAGGGAAACUGGUGUCGAACUUAUACUUUAACACACUGGAGUCAGCCGACGUUCUAGGUUGAUUUCUGCAAAAGUUGAUCAGAACAAAACCUAGGACAGAAUCAUAGGCUUUGUGAAUAAUUUAUCUUUUUUUCACGCAGAUGGUUUUGACCUCACUCAGAUCAGAUACAAGUGGAUAGAUGCAACACUAUACAGUACAGACAUGGCAGAGUUCUACGUCAUGAAUCAAACGCUCGAAAGUGGCAAAGUCAAGUACAUGCUGGGUAUGGCGGGCUCAUAUUGCACAUUUUAAGCUAGGAAAGCCAGCAGCGUAAACUCCCACGUAUCAUUCGUAUAUAGACUAGUAUGGAGCUAGGGCUUUUUUUGCAAUGCGGUAGCUACUUGCUGAGAUGGAAGUAUCGCCUCCAUGCAACGGAAUCCGGAUUGCGAAAACUGGGAAACUUUUGCUGUUACAUUCCGGAAUCCUGUUCUUUGGAAUGCGGAAUACAGAUUAAGGAAGCCGGAAUCCCACUCAUGAUUUAGAUCCAUAAUCCGUGUUCCACUCGGAUUCCCAUACAUAUGCGAAGAAGAAAAUAAGCGUUAAAAAAUUCAGUAGAGGAGAAACUCAUCUCAAAAGUUUAUUUUAAAACUACGCAAAAUUUUCCUUUUUAAGCUGAAACAUAUCCACAUUGUCUCGACCAAAAAUCGUUUCUAAGGAGACAAAAUGUAGAGAGAAACGGCUUAAUACAGUAAUUGACACCAAAAGGGGAAAAGAGACUGGGAUAGUCGUAAGAAACAUUUUUUAAAUUAAGGGAACGACUCAAAUAAACCUUGUUUGAAUUGUCCUUCCUUCUGUUUGUUUGACAAUUAUCAGGCUGGUUUGAGUAUCUCGAUGUCUCCUUCUACGUUCGAAGAAGAAUAGGUCAUUACGUCAUCCGUAUUUUCUUUCCCUGCAUUCUUUGCACGGUUGUCUCGUGGUUGCCAUUUUGGAUGGAUCGAAGAGAGAUUGGUGACCGCGGGGCCCUGGGUAUUACAACUCUUCUCACAGAAGUCUUCCUCCUUCAAUACACCAAUGCCAACAUGCCACGUGUCAGCUACGUGAAAGCCGCUGACCUGUUCCUGAUUGUAUCUUUUGCCUUCACAUUUUUGGCAUUAAUAGAGAGUGUUAUCGUGUAUAACUACAGGAAAAAGAGUCAAAAGUCUGAGGACACUCAGGUGAAAGGUUCAACUGGAGGACGAGGACUCUUUUGUAAACGCAGCACAGUCGCUGUUCAGGAGGUAAGGCACUAAGGCUGAUAUGUGUCUGUGAUUUUUGUUCUGACAAAUUUAGAUUUUGCAUGAAUGGAUCGACUUUCUGAGCUUGGUUUUCAUAUUUCGGUGAUCCCAGAGUCUGUAUCAGACGCCAUCUUAAUUUAUGGGUAUUUUCGCGGGGGACACCAGCACGUUGUUGGAGGCUUCGUGCAAUUUCUCUUCUUCAUUCUCUAUGAUAAUGAUUCUUUUAUAUUUUCAGGUUCCCAAAACGGAUACUAUCAUAAACGGAUCACACAUUAAUCCCGUUGUGAUCACGGAGGUAAAACUGUGGUUUUAGUUAAUUGCCCAUUUUCGCAAUCGAAAUAAGGCUGCAUAAUAUAACAUGCUUUUUCCUUGACACAGGCUUUCACAGAAACGCCCAGUCAGCUAGCUAAGCCUCCAAUGACUAAAAACCUCUGGGAGAAGCCAAGAAAUCAAGAAGAAAAAGACAACUGUCUUGGCUACACAGCAUCAGCAAAGUCCAAAAUUCAGGGCUGGUUUGCAAGUUGCAAGGAUUAUUUUUCCAAGCAAGAUCUCAGUUAUUUCAUCGAGAUGAGUUCUCGCUUGGCCUUUCCUGCCGUGUAUAUAAUCUUUAUUGUCUACUUUUUUGCAAAAUAUGGCAUCUAA